AUGGCUAGUCAAGAGUCUGGAAAGUCCAAGUCCGUGCUGGACUAUCUUAACGACUGGGGAUCUGCCUCACUGCCUCCCUCUCUCCUCGCAACUCUAGUCACCGCCCUCCACGCCCGUCCCCCAUCCCUCCCCCUCUUCAUCUUCACCCCUCCCCUCCUCUUCUCCUCCUACCUCAACCUGUCCGGCUACCCGACGGGCAGCGCUGGACUCACUGCUGCCUGGUCGGGCCUCUACGCGCUGCUGGCGCUGCGUCGUCGUCAGCCCUUUCGCGGACGUUUCUCGAUCCGAGGCAUAGUGCGCGGCACAGCCGUUGGCCUUGGCACCGCGAACUGCAUCGCCGGGGGGUGGGUGUACUUUAAUGGCGACUUUGAGAGGGAUGCAGAGGAGAGGGUGAAGCGGAACCGUUGGGGGAACAAGGAUUAG